GAGAAGGAGGAGCCAGCGGAAGGGGACGGUGUGUGGGCUGGCCAGUCCUGGACGAAAGAAGAGGGCCCCUCCAGGCCAGUCUGGGCACCCUGGGACAGCGGCUGCAGCCCGUCCCUCUCUCCAUAACUCAGCCAUCAGCAGGGGCAGAUGGCUAGUGGCCUGGUUGCUGCAGCUCCCAGGAUCAGCUCUGCCCUCCCCCCAAGCGCCAGCCUCUUCAGUGCUCCAGGGCACCUCCAGCAGUAACAGGUGGUUGCGGCAGGUGGCAGCCAGUCCCUGGGUGAGCCAAGGUCUUUUCCCCAGCCGGGCAUGGCCGACUCUGCACAGGCCCAGAAGCUGGUGUACCUGGUCACAGGGGGCUGCGGCUUCCUGGGAGAACACGUGGUGCGAAUGCUGCUGCAGCGGGAGCCCCGACUCGGGGAGCUGCGGGUCUUUGACCGACACCUGGGUCCCUGGCUGGAGGAGCUGAAGACAGGGCCUGUGAGGGUGACUGCCAUCCAGGGGGACGUGACCGAGGCCCAUGAGGUGGCAGCAGCUGUGGCCGGAGCCCAUGUGGUCAUCCACACGGCUGGGCUGGUAGACGUGUUUGGCAGGGCCAGUCCUGAGACCAUCCAUGAGGUCAACGUGCAGGGCACCCGGAACGUGAUCGAGGCUUGUGUGCAGACUGGAACACGGUUCCUGGUCUACACCAGCAGCAUGGAAGUCGUGGGGCCUAACACCAAAGGUCACCCCUUCUACAGGGGCAACGAAGACACCCUAUAUGAAGCAGUGCACAGGCACCCCUAUCCUUGCAGCAAGGCCCUGGCUGAGCGGCUGGUCCUAGAGGCCAAUGGGAGAGAGGCAAUGUGGCCUGGAUGCAUGUGCUGGCAGCCCGGGAGCUGGAGCGGCGGGCAGCCCUGAUGGGCGGCCAGGUGUACUUCUGCUACGACGGAUCGCCCUACAAGAGCUACGAGGACUUCAACAUGGAAUUCCUGGGCCCCUGUGGACUGCAGCUGGUGGGUGCCCGCCCACUGCUGCCCUACUGGCUGCUGGUGUUCCUCGCUGCCCUCAAUGCCCUGCUGCAGUGGCUGCUGCGGCCGCUGGUGCUCUACGCGCCCCUGCUGAACCCCUACACGCUGGCCGUGGCCAACACCACCUUCACUGUCAGCACCAACAAGGCUCAGCGCCAUUUUGGCUAUGAGCCCCUGUUCUCGUGGGAGGAUAGCCGGACCCGCACCAUUCUCUGGGUACAGGCCGCUGGGAGUUCAGCCCAGUGACGGCGGGGCUGGGGCCUGGAGGCCCAUCAUGGCACAUCCACCCAGGUCCUGAGCCCUCACACCCUGGACGGGAAGGGACGGCUGCAUUCCAGAGCAGGAGGUAGGGCUCUGGGACCAGAAUGGCUGUCCCAGAGCCCUCCACAUUUUUUUUUUUUUUUUUUUUUUUUGAGACAGGGUCUUGCUCUGCCACCCAGACUGGAGUGCAGUGGCGUGAUCAUAACUCACUGCACCCUCAACCUCCUGGGUUCAAGUGAUCCUCCUGCCUCAGCCUCCUGAAUAGCUGGGACCACAGGUGCACACCACCACACCUGGCUUUUUUUUUUUUUUUUUUGGUAGAGACAGGGUCUCACUAUAUUGUCCAGGCUAGUCUUGAACUCCUAGGCUCAAGUGAUCUUUCCACCUGGGCCUCCCAAAGUGCUGGAACUACAGGUGUGAGCCACCGUGCCCGGCCCAAGCCCUCCACAUCAUCAAUCCAGGAGCCUUGAGUCUGUGUUUUGUCCUGACGCCUCGAAGUCCUAGGGCUGUCAGGAUACAAGGGCAGGGUUUGGGGACAGAGUGUCCUUCCUCUGUCCUCUCACCCCGGUCCUGAUGGCCGCUUGGUGAGGGUCGGUGCCCUGGCGACCUGCCCGGGCUCUCUUCUGGCUUUCUGAGCAGGAAGCGAGCAGAGGCUCCACAGGCUCACGCUGCUCUCCUGACAUCCACGCAUGACCUUCAGGUCUCAAUGCAGAGUGCAGAGGCGGCUCUGGUUCCUCCAGCCACCUCAGUCCCUCUUUGGGAAGUGAUGUUCCCAUUGUUUUUCAAAGGCCUCACCUUCAACCGUCUGUCUUAGAAUUCCCCUCUGGAGGGCUGCGGCCUCCCUGCGCUUUCACUUCCCACCUCUCUACCCAAGUUCCUUCCCUGCACAUCACCAGCCCCAGGCCUGGGGAUGUCCCAGAUGCUGUACCUGGCUGCGCCCAGAUUAAAAGCCUCAUCCACGACUGUG